UUGUUUUGUGUUCAAAAACUGUCCCUUUUUUCCCAUGCCUUGAGCUCUCCCUACCAGAUAGCAGGAUUUUUUUUUUUUCCUUUAGGCCAGUUAUGUUUUUUAAUUUGUCCUUUAAAGAGACACUGCCAGGUUCUCUCAUCGCUGCCUUUACAGUGAUGCAGAAUCUUGUGAGAGCUCUGGCUUGCAGGAGCAGCAAAUGCAGGAGCAGCUUGUGCAGCAGCCCCAAAGUGUCUGAGUGUGAAUAGCUGAGCAGAGUUACGGGAUGGCCCUUGUCCUUGUACGUGCUGGAGAUGUGUCCGUGUCACUCUUUGGCUUCCCUGCCCUGAAUGUGAGGCGCUACAUGAACCCUCUCUGAAGGAGUGUCUGAAACUGCUUGUUUCUUGGGCUUCUUAGAAGCAGGCUAAAUCAUCUUACCUUUUCUGUUUCUUUAAAAGCUCACACCGUGCUUCAGACUCAUUUAUAUUUUUACUUUAUCCUCACUGGCACCCUAAGAAUCAUCUGCCUGGCAUGGUACUAAAUUUCACACUGUUACCUGUCUCCAAGCCAGUUCUUCUCCAAAGCUGAAUGUUUCUUGGCACUCUUAGUAUUCCAGACACCUCUGCUUGGAUUUUGUGCGUUAAUGCUGUGGGCUGACCUUCUUUCAGAGCGCCAGUCGGAGCUGCCAACGCAGAGCAAGGCCAGUUUCCCCAGCAUCCUCAGCGAUCCUGACCCGGAUUCYUCCAACUCCGGGUUCGACAGCUCCGUGGCCUCCCAGAUCACGGAAGCCUUAGUGAGCGGGCCAAAGCCUCCCAUAGAAAGUCACUUCCGACCGGAGUUUAUUCGACCGCCGCCUCCGCUCCACAUAUGCGAGGACGAACUGGCCUGGUUAAACCCCAUAGAACCAGAUCACACAAUUCAGUGGGAUAAGUCGAUGUGUGUUAAAAACAGCACUGGAGUGGAGAUAAAGCGAAUCAUGGCCAAAGCCUUCAAAAGUCCCCUGAGUUCCUCACAGCAAACACAGCUCCUUGGAGAACUGGAGAAGGACCCCAAGCUUGUGUAUCACAUUGGGCUCACUCCGGCCAAGCUGCCUGACCUUGUAGAAAACAAUCCUCUCGUAGCUAUAGAAAUGCUGCUCAAAUUGAUGCAGUCAAGCCAGAUCACAGAGUAUUUUUCUGUCCUGGUCAACAUGGACAUGUCGUUACAUUCGAUGGAAGUGGUGAAUCGGCUCACUACCGCAGUUGAUCUCCCUCCUGAAUUUAUUCAUCUCUACAUCUCUAACUGUAUCUCAACCUGUGAACAGAUUAAAGACAAAUAUAUGCAGAACCGCCUCGUACGUCUCGUUUGUGUCUUUCUCCAGUCUUUGAUCAGAAACAAGAUAAUUAAUGUACAGGACUUGUUUAUAGAGGUGCAAGCUUUCUGUAUYGAGUUCAGCCGGAUCCGAGAAGCAGCCGGCCUCUUCAGGCUGCUGAAGACACUGGAUACCGGGGAAAAUCCCUCGGAGGCGAAAGCUUCAAAAUAAACCUCACCUUGCACACAGAAAGGAAAUCAACUUUCUAAACCAAUUUAUUGUACAUUUUAAGCUUAAAUCAUGGGAUUAAAUGAUUUAAUACACUAUAAAUAGCAUUUUAUGCAUUUAAACAAUAAAUAUUGCUUUUU